UAUUCCCAUUGGAGCCAGAGAUCUCUUUCCCUGUAGUGGGUUUCAAAGACGAGAAUCAACUUUUCACAAUUUGCCCUCCACAGAAAUGGGUAGUUACUCGCAGGCCCACAUUUGCCAGUGCUUGAGUCGAUUAGCCACUAUCCGACGUAAUUCUCCGGUCACAAUCACCCAGAACCGGCGAAAGACCGGCCAACAAUUCGUUGAGGGAGUGUUACGCCUGGCUCGUGGACUGUUCGAAUUGGGCCUCAGAAAUGGAGAUGUUGUAGCCAUCUCUGCACUCAACAGUGAUUUGUAUUUGGAGUGGUUACUGGCUGUUGCAUUUGUUGGAGGUAUAGCAGCUCCCCUCAAUUACCGGUGGAGCUUGAAAGAAGCAAGAUUAGCAAUGGAGGUUGUGCAGCCAAUUAUGUUAGUAACUGACACGGGUUGUAAUUACUGGCAUUCAGAAUUCCAGACUGAUUCCGUGCCUUCUCUGAGGUGGCAUGUCUUGAUGGAUUCUCCUAUUGAUUCUGGGAGUAUGGGGAACGUAUUAACUACUGAAACACUUAAGAAGCCUUCUUUAAGCUAUCUGUCAUUCAAUUACUCAAGGGCACCUGAGGGCACCGCCAUGAUAUGCUUCACUUCAGGAACCACCGGAAAACCUAAGGGAGUUACCAUAAGCCAUUCAGCCUUGAUUGUACAAUCCCUGGCAAAAAUCGCAGUUGUUGGUUACAGUGAGGAUGAUGUUUAUUUACAUACUGCUCCCUUGUGUCACAUUGGUGGGAUAUCAUCUGCCAUGGCAAUGCUAAUGGCAGGAGGUUGCCAUGUCUUGAUACCCAAGUUUGAAGCUAAAUCAGCCAUUGAAACCAUAGAGCAACACCAUGUAACUUCUCUAAUCACCGUCCCUUCAAUAAUGGCUGAUUUAAUCUCAUUAAUCAGGACAAAGGAAGCUUGGAAAGGAAUAAAAUCAGUGAAAAAGAUUUUAAAUGGAGGUGGGGGUCUCUCUGUUGAGCUUAUCAAAUAUGCCACAAGAACUUUUCCAAGAGCCAAACUUCUUUCAGCAUAUGGGAUGACAGAGACAUGUUCUUCGCUAACUUUCAUGACCCUCUAUGACUCAACAACUGUGAACCCUGGCCAGCCCUUUCAAGUAACUGGUGAAACAAGUUCCAAUUCAGUUCAUCAACCAGACGGCAUUUGUGUUGGCAAGCCUGCACCGCAUGUUGAACUAAGGAUUAGGCUCCAGGAUUCAUCUCAUGUUGGGAGAAUCUUAACUAGAGGCCCCCACGUAAUGCUCGGAUAUUGGGGUCAAAUCCCAUCAGGAGCAUCUGAUUCAGGUGAUGCAGAUUGGCUCGACACAGGUGACAUGGGGCAGAUUGAUGACUACGGUUACUUAUGGCUCAUUGGGCGUACAAAAGGUCGAAUCAAAAGCGGAGGCGAGAAUGUUUACCCUGAGGAGGUGGAAGCCAUAAUAUCACAACAUCCAGGAGUAUCUGGUGUAGUUGUUGUUGGACUUCCAGACACUCGAUAUACGGAGAUGGUUGUUGCUUGUAUUCAAAUAAGAGACGAUUGGAAAUGGAUUGAUUUGGGAUCUCAUAUCUCAGCAAAGAACAUUGAAUUUUGCUUAUCCAGUGAGAUCCUCCAGCACUUCUGUAAAAAGAAGAACUUAACUGGGUUUAAAAUACCCAAAACUUUUGUUAUAUGGAAGAAGUCAUUUCCAUUGACAACAACUGGAAAAUUAAUAAGAGAUCAAGUUAAAAGAGAAGUUAUAUCUCAUGUUCAAUAUCUGCCUAGCAAUCUAUAACUACAAUUUAUUUAUUUAUUUGAUUAAUUAAUUAAUUUCAUCUAAGACACAAAGUGAGUGUAUUUUUCCCAUCAUCAAUGGAAUGACACCUUAUUAUA